AUGAUGGAGGCACAUUCGCUCGCAGCCCUGAACCUGCAGGCAGCGAAUCCGCCACAGUAUCCUGAAAACCCAUCAGAGAGAAUACAGGAGCCUCUGGUGCUCUACAUUUCUAGAGUUCCCGGCACUAGAGAUGUUAUUCUUUCACCUUUCAAACCCCAGCUCAAAAACGUCACAGGCGGGGAUGUUGCUAGCAGCCUCUACUAUGUUCAUCUCGAGCUCCCAAUGCUGGACAUUACUGGUCCUCAGCCACUGAGAGAUGAGCCACAAGGUAGAUCCAGUGAGGAUAGCUCAGCGACAAGGACGAUUGCCCGGAAACCAGUGCCCAGCUCCAUCUCAUCUCUACCCCCCGAGAUUUCGAUACAAAGCGAUCAGCCACAGCUUCAGCAAACUCGAGGCAAUUAUGAGAACACGACACUUCGGCCGCCAGGGGAUCUUGGCAUGCCUCCCAGCUUGCAAGAGACUGAAUAUGCCCCCCCUCUACCUCCUAGGCGGCGAUUCCAAGACUCUGGCUUGGGCUACUCAGACGGCUCUUUCGAGACGAAUCCGUAUGAAAGACCCCAGUUAAAUGUGCCUGCUCCUAAGCGCAAACCCGUUGGACCGAGACAGAUGAGUGAUGUGCCACAGGGUCGAGUCUCUAUGGACGAAACGACACGUUCCAGGGCUCAAACUAGGGAUCGAGCAGAUACAACAGGACGUAGUAGGCAAAGUCGUUCUUUGUCUCCAACAAAGAAUAUUGAGUAUUCUACGCCUCCAUUUACCUUGAGCCUGAUAAGGCGGGAUCCGGGUACUGGGGAUCAAUGGAAUGUGGGAAAGAUUUCAUCAUAUGAAGCGAAUCCGAUGGCUGCCCAAACUCCCAUGUAUCUUUCUGCAUCAUCCGAGCAGCAGCCUCCUCAGCACCCACCAAUCGACAUACAAAUCGAAACUGCUGGAUAUGCCAAGUUCCGUGGGGGCCCACCAAUUGCCCUACCUCCUAGAACCAGCAUGGAUAGCCGGUCUUUCAUCGACGUGGUGCCAGAGUCGCGAACCGAUAACAGAUCAUUCUCCAGGCAGGUCUCCAUGUCGUAUUCGAGAAGUUUUGGUUCUGCUUUGCGAUCCAAAUUCCACCAGUUUGAACAGGCGGCUCGGAAGAAGGCACAGGCACAUAACCGUAACGGGAGCGAAGCAUCAGUCGCUUCGCAUAGUUCCGGAGAGUACGUGGCUGGAUCGCCAACGGCUGCACGCCCUGAAAAGAUGAAGCCACGGGGAUACACGUUUGCGAGCCCUUGGAACGGUAGAUGCGAAUUUCGCACAGGAAAUGGUGGCCGGAGCCUGUUGUGUCAUCAUAUACUGCACGAAGGUGAAGUCGGCGCUUACAACCCGCUGGUGCCUGAUUCGAGCGCGGCCAAGGGGACUUCAACCGUAGUCAGCGAAUUGCGAUUCAACCUUCCGGGCUCUGAUUUAUUCCCUUCUAGCGAAUUACCCAAAGGCGACAGCGAUCACAAACUCGGUCAUUUCGCCAAAUUCGUCAAGUCAGCCGUGGAUCGGGGUUAUGGCGAUGAGGACGAGGAUGAUUUUGUAUCGCCGUUUGAUGUAAAUGUAGGCGGCGAGAGAGCAGGAGGGGGCAACCGGGGCAACCGAGCCAAGCUUGGCAAGCUCAUCAUAUACCACGACGGGAUGAAGAUGCUGGAUCUCCUGCUACGGAGUACCAGGCUAGGCAUGGAGUUGUGUCAAUUUAAUGGUAGUCACGUGCCUUAUCACGCGCGGCCCAUCACCACCAAUCAUUGGCCUAGCAAUGUAAUCCCGCAGUGCACUAGGCCGUUGACCAAAGCAGAAGAAGCCGCCAAAAGUUAUACCACACGUCAAAGUCGCCUCCCGCCCAAUCGUCCCCCGCCAGAGGCGCCUGAGUCUGCUCUCCUGCAACUUCGUCAAUUGCGUCCUCUGCCAGCCAACCUGACGACAAUGGCGCCGACCCUCCCCGCCUCGGCAGCGGCCAUGCUUGCCCGACGACAGCUGACCCGAGCUCCGGCAUCUGCCAGCUCCCUCAUGAUGGCGACGAGGAUGCUGGCCACGCCCUACCACCAGCAGCAGCGCGGCUAUGCGACGCCAAAGGGUGCUCUUCCCCAGAACUUCCGCACAAGCAAGCCCGUGGAGUGGGUGUGGGAGAAGGACAGCUUACUAGACCGGCUGGGCAAGUACUUCCUCAUGACCGAGAUGGCCAGGGGAAUGUACGUCCUACUGGAGCAGUUCUUCCGACCACCUUACACCAUCUACUAUCCUUUCGAGAAGGGACCCAUUUCUCCUCGAUUCCGUGGCGAGCACGCACUGAGACGGUAUCCUUCUGGUGAAGAGCGAUGCAUUGCUUGCAAGCUUUGCGAGGCUGUAAGGACCCCGCCAACAUCCAAAUUGGAAACGCAUUUACAGGGAUCAUAUAUCUGCCCUGCCCAGGCCAUCACAAUUGAAGCCGAAGAGCGUGCUGACGGAUCUCGUCGCACUACCCGUUACGAUAUCGACAUGACCAAGUGCAUCUACUGCGGUUUCUGCCAGGAGUCUUGCCCCGUUGACGCCAUCGUUGAAUCUCCCAACGCCGAGUAUGCUACUGAGACCAGAGAAGAGCUGUUGUACAACAAGGAGAAGCUGUUGUCCAACGGAGACAAGUGGGAGCCCGAACUUGCUGCCGCCAUUCGCGCAGACGCACCUUACCGAUAA